AUGCGUCUACAGCACUCAUUUGUUGCUCUAGGUCUCCUCUGCAGCAGCUCUGCAGCAUCUCCUCUCUAUGCGCGACAGAACGAAACGACAUCCAAUGCUACAUCAGCCGCCGCAGCCCCUACAGCAACCAUCUAUCCCAAUACAUCCGAGGGUCAGCCCAUAGAGAUCGUAGGCACCACAUAUCCGAAUCUAAAGACCGAUGCCUACCUCGGGAUACCCUUUGCGAAGCCUCCUGUUGAUGAUCUCCGAUUUGCCCCGCCCGAGGCAUACACAUACAACACUAGCUCCUACGCCGCCCAGACCUCGCCGGCGGCAUGUAUGCAAGACCUCAGCACCGGGGUAUUAUCCUACGGAACCGAUAUCUCAGAAGACUGUCUGUUUCUCAACGUCAUGACUCCUACUGGUGUCAACAUCACCGAUGAACAGUAUCCUGUCAUGGUAUGGGUUUAUGGAGGGUCCUUCACUUCCGGGGCUGUAACUGCCUAUAACGCUUCUUUUCUCAUCGCACACGGACAGGAAGUUGAUCGACCGAUCGUUCACGUUGCCCUCAACUAUCGCCUGGGCGCAUUUGGAUGGGGUGUCGGAUCUGGCUUCGCAGAGAACAACGCCACCAACCUCGGUCUCCGCGACAUCCAGUUGGCUCUCAGCUGGGUUCAAGAGAAUAUUUGGGCCUUUGGGGGCGACCCAAAAACGGUUACUGUAUUUGGCGAGUCUGCCGGCGCUAUAUCAACUUCACUGCUAUUCCUCGAUCCCGAGACCGAGCUUUUCAGUCAAGCAAUCAUGGAAAGUGGUGCCCCCUCGUCCUCGGCGAUUGGACCUGAAGCCAGUACGUGGGAACCCGCAUACGAAGCCUUGUUGUUGGCUUCGAACUGCUCCAGCAACUCUACCAUCUCUCCCAGCACAGAGACAUCUGCCAACGGAACCGGCUUCAACGCAACUGGCACGUCGUCCCCCUUCGACUGUCUUCGAGCCCUCCCGGCCGAAAAUAUCCUUGCCGCACAGAUCCUUGUUAAGAAUAUGCCGGCGUUCCAAAUAGGCUUGAUUUAUGGACCGACGAUAGAUGGCGAUCUCAUUCCUGAUUCUCCUCAUUCCCUCAUAGAGCAAGGCAAGGUCGCAAACAAACCGUUCAUCACCGGUAGCAACAAAGACGAAGGUACACUCUUUGUACCAUCGACCAUUUCCGGCACUACCGAAGGACUUCUGUUUCUCAACUUGUCGGAGCCUACCGGCCUCAGUAACGAGACUCUCGCAGAACUCUUGCGCUACUAUCCAAAUGACACUACCUUGGGCUCACCAUUCGAUACUGGAAACGAAACCUUUGGUCUUGAUCCCUCUUAUAAGCAGUUCGCUGCCAUCUUCGGUGAUGCCCACUUCCAAGCUCAGCGCCGAUACUUUUUGAGGCAGGCAAAUCAAAACGGCAAUGCCAAGACAUGGACCUACCAGUUUGAACAGCCUACACCUGCAAGCCCUGAGUAUCAUGGUGUGUUCCACGCGAGCGAGAUUCCAUUUGUCUACGGUACGGCAAGGCCAGGGAUCGGGAUGGCAGGUAUCUCCAUGAACUACACCGAAGCCGAUAGUAUAUUUUCUAACAGUAUAAUGGAGUACUGGCUCAACUUUGCUUAUUACGCUGAUCCCAACGGCCCUGACGGUACUUCGUCCUCCAACGCUACUUACUGGCCCGCCCACAACAUUGACGACAAGCAAAUCCUCCGUCUUCUUGCGAACAACGUUACCUUGUUCACGGACGAUUAUCGGGAGGAGGCGAUGUUGUACUUGGUGAACAACCCUACUGUGUUCAACGAAAGGCGAUCCUUUGAUAUGUCGACUCAUUAG